GCGAUUUUUUUUUUUUUUUAAGCGUUCACUAGGGGGGCCCGUCAUAACAUCUUGCACCUGGGCCCGUCGUUACUACGUUACGCCACUGCUUGGACCCAAUAUCAAAGCAAUCCAAGCUAAACCAUAAACAUUUGAACAGGAAUGGGUGUGGAGGCUCUCUUUGAUAUGAUACUCAUCUCUCCUCCCAGUGAGCACUGUGGCCUGUUCCAUCUCCUAUUCAGGAUAUAGGGGAAUCCCAUAUCCCAAUCCCGCUGCGGCAUAUCUCAGUUCGCACCUGAUGAUCCUCCCCAGUCUACUGUGUGUUUAAUCGAAGAGACAACACUGGGAAGGAGAGCGAGUCUGAAACUGUUCUUCAAACAUGCAUCGGAACAGGAGGACCCUGCUCUCUGUGGACAGCCAACAGUACAUCGCCAGGGCAUCCAGGGGGGAGUUCAGCAUGCUCCGACAUGUAGGCAAACACUGGCAGCUAGUUAUUACAGUCAUGAGUAAACAGUGAUUCUUCCUUCCGCACUUUCCAAAAGCAGCAAGCAGUGAAACGAGGGAGAAGUGCUUCUACGCACCAGAAAGAGGAAAUGACAAAGAAAGUGCAAGAGCACUACAACACUAAGAAAUUCAAUCUGCACAAAGGUCCAGUCACAGUGAUAUGAUCAGAAUGAGACAGAGCCCUAGGAGACCCUUGAUCCUCAAGAGGAGGAAACUGCCUUUUCAAAGAAAUGAACAAGAUGUCCCUCGUGAUGAACCAGAUGGGCUGCGAAGUAAAGACAUUGUGUCUUCUUCCAGUACCCAGUGCUUUCCGGAUGGUAUUCGAAUCAUGGAUCACCCAAGCAUGCCUGACACUCAAGUGGUUGUCAUUCCCAAGAAUGCAGACCUUAAGAGUGUUAUUGGGGCUCUUACUGCCAGAGGGAAGGAGUGUGGUCCUCAAGGGCCAAACAAAUUUAUUCUCCUGAGUGGCAGUGGAAGUCUUGAAGAAGGAGUAGAAUCUCUUUGCCAGUCAUCAUUGGACACGCCUGAGAAAUCAUGUCAGGGUGGCCUGGUCUCUACCUCCAUAUUAGAAGAAUGCACAUUGACAGACUGUCUAGUAGAAAGCAAGUCUCUGACCACCAUUAAACCCUUGAAGAAAGAGCUCGAUGGCAGUGCAUUAGAUGACAGCUUGACCAACAUUCAGUGGCUUGGACGGAUGAGCACAGAUGGUCUUGGACCUGAUCCUUUGAGGAAAGUCUCUAACAAAGAGAACCGUGAAUCUUGUCAGCAACUUCAACAGCCACCAAAAGACACUGAUGUCACUGUCAAAGACCCCCAGUCAGAAAGACCCCCAUACUCGUACAUGGCCAUGAUUCAAUUUGCCAUCAACAGUAAGAAAAGCAGGAGGAUGACACUGAGGGAGAUCUAUACUUGGAUAGAGGACCACUUUCCUUACUUCAGAAAUGUUGCCAAACCAGGCUGGAAGAACUCCAUUCGCCACAACCUGUCUUUACAUGAUAUGUUUGUACGUGAGACUGCUCAAGAUGGCAAGGUCUCUUAUUGGACUAUUCGCCCAGAAGCCAACCGAUGUCUCACAUUGGACCAGGUUUACAAGCCUGUGGUAGACCCCACCACCACCACCCCCUCCUCUCAGACCAUGCAGGUCUGUGACCCACAACAACAGAAACGGGUCACAGAGUUGAAGAAAGUUACAGUGUCUGUAGUACCAGAGAGGAAGAUGAAGCCUCUCCUGCCUCGGACAGACUCCUACUUGGUCCCAAUCCAGCUGCCCCUGGCAUCUCCACUGUUUCUACCCUCAUCAGCACAGCUCUCUCUACCAGCAUUGCAGCAGACCUGUAGCUCAUAUGGUGGAGGGAAGAGGGUCCGUAUCGCCCCAAAGGUGCUGCAGAGUGACGGGCCUUCGUAUAUGAUGUGCAUCGCUCCCCCUGAGGAGGCAGUCAAGGAGGAGCCCCAGAGUAUCCCUCUCAGCAGGGAGCCCGGAGCUAGUGCUCCCACACACAGCACAGGCAGGAGAGAGUCCAGCAGUUCUCGCCGCAAACAGCGCUUGGUCCUGCCCUCCACCGAGGAGCCUGUCCUCCUCUUCCCCGACAGCACUUUCUUCGACUCGGGCCUCGCCUCCGACAACUCCGCCUUCCAGGACACGCGCGACGCCGAGCUGGACCAGCAGCAGCCCAGCGUUGAGCCCAACAGCCCUUACCGGGAGUACACCUUCAAGACCCCCAUCAAGAGCACUCAGCCGGCGUCGUCGUCCACCCCCAGCAAGCCGCCCAUCCUCCCCGAGCCCUGGAGGGUGACACCCCUGGGGAAGGGCGGCCGCAGCGUGCUGGACUUCAGCCCCAUCCGCACCCCCACCGGCCCAGUCCUUACCCCGCAGCGGUAUGACCACACCUCGUUCAGCUUCAGCAGCACACCCUUCAAGGAGCUGCCGCUCUUCAACUCCCCCCGAGAGCUGCUGACCUCGGCCAGGUCCUCCUCUGCCUCCACUCCGGCCUGCUCCCGUGAGCUCCUCCAGAUGGGGGGGGCGACCUUUGCCAACCGCUCCCUAACUGAAGGGCUUGUGCUUGAUACCAUGAACGACAGCCUGAGUAAGAUCCUAGUGGACAUUAGCUUCUCAGGCCUGGAUGAUGACGAGCUGGGUGUGGGCAACAUCAGCUGGUCUCAGCUCAUCCCUGAACUCAAGUGAACCCAUCCCACCUGCCAGCAGACCCUCUAGUCUCUUUUUUUCUGAGCUGCUCACAUAUUAUUUGUGUUUUCAAACCUUAUUUGUACAUACUGGUUUUGAGGUUUACCUGCCUUUUUUGCGAUUAUUCCUACCUUUUUCCUGAUUUAAGGCUUGUCUCACUGCCUAGAUGUACUUACUGUGUUAUAUGUUGUAUGUCUGUUCGUGUUGUAAUGUUAUGCCCACCUGUUUUCUUAACUGCCAUUCCAUUUGGCCCUGAAGGCAGUUGAUCUAAAGGGGCAUUCCACCCUUUUGGACCAUAUCUGUUUUUAUACUAUUACAGCCUACCUUACAUAUCAAACAUGUCUUCUAUUUUACUUUAGGCAGAGCUUCUGUCCUAGUCUAUGGUAAAUUUCAUAAGGGAGUAAGCUUUGUAACUUUGUCAGUGUCAUGCCAAUGACUUAAAGUUUGAGACGGAUAAUCUUUCAUUUUCUAUUCACAACAGAAAACAUGUACAUUCUAGUUAAGGAGUAUCAUCACAUUAUUGAAAUAUGAAUCUUGCUCCCUGAAUGAAAUUUUCCAUUUACCAGUCGGCCUAACCGUGACCGUGAAUGGACUCAUUCACUACAUCUAUUAGUAGGGCUGGAGUGCCCCUUGAAAACCAGCUAAGCAUAACAACAGAGAAUGUAGAUAGAUUGACUUUGAUUUGCACAUUUUGUAAUAUAUAUGUAUCUCGCUGUUAAAAUGUAAGAUUCACAUAUUUUGAUUUAACUCACUGCCAGAGGAGACACUACUAUGCUAACUAUGAAAAAAAAAAAAAACAUGUAUGCUUUAGCUGAAAAUGGAAGAACUGCCUGAUUAAAAAAAGCGAAGGAAAAAAAA